CAGAUGCAAGUUGAGGAUUCAACAGAAGAUGUUGAAUCCUUACUAAACUUGGCCAGUGGACCUCAGCGUGAAGUGGCACGAUAUAGUGGGUGUAUCGUCAAUGGCAUAAGGUUUCAUACUCAGAAACGCGACGCAAAUAAAAAAACUCAAAACUAUGGAGUGGUAGUCAAAGGAGAGCAUCGUGGUAAAAGUAUUGACUUUUAUGGUGUUUUGAAAGAUAUAAUUGUGUUAUCAUACCUUGGAAAUAAUCAGGUGGUCGUUUUCAAGUGUGAUUGGCUGGACCUCAAUGCAAGAAGGGGAAUUCAAGUUGAUGAGAACCAGUUUACAAGUGUUAAUUUUACCAAAAAAUGGUAUAUGAAUGAUCCAUUUGCAUUGGCAUGUCAAACACAGCAAGUAUACUAUUUGAAAGAUACAAAGCAUGGUAGUAAUUGGCGUGUUGUAGAAAGGUCGCAGCCUAGAGGGAUGUAUGAUUUUACAGAAAAAGAAACUGAAGUGGGUGAUUCAUUAGAGGAGGUAGAAGAUCCAUAUCAGCAAGAGUCACAUGGCUAUGUCGAUUCAGUUGAAGUUGAUGUUGGAGAGACGUCAUUACAUAGAGAUGACAUAGAAAUGAUCGUUGUUGAUUUGAAUGCUAAAGAUAGCGAUGCAGAAGAUGGCGACUUUAAUGAUGAAGAUAAUGAGUUGAUGUCUUAUGAUGAUAUCGAGGACGACUCUGCGUAAUAGAAUCCAUGCAUAUUCUAUUCCACAAUUUUGUAUUGUCAUGAUUUUAUCAUAUGUAUGUCAAUGUCAUACAAAGCUUGGGUUUUUAAUUCUAACUUCCAAGUUCAUUUUGAUACUAGUUCAUUAGUUUGUUUAAUGCAUUAGGAUAAAUAUAUUUAUUUUGUUGUAUAAGGUAAGCAUUAAAACAAUUACUUCAAGAGAUUUAGAGUCAUGCUAAUAGCUCUUUUUUUCAUGACAGGUUGUGUGUGUGUAUAUAUCAUUAUGGCUAAUGGUAGACAAGGUCCAAGGUUUCUACAUCAAUUGCGGACGAAUGCACUGCCACAACACCAAAUGCGAUCAUCUACUCAAAAGAUUUCAAAGCUUGCAAAGUCUUUUAGCAAGCCUACAACACCAGCACAAGCACCGGCAGCCCCAUUGCACUCAUCAGUAGAGCAGAUUAUCACUUCCAUUCCUACUCAAAAGAUUUCAAAGCUUGCAAAGUCUUUAAGCAAGCCUACAACACCAGCACAAGCACCGGCAGCCCCAUUGCACUCAUCAGUAGAGCAGAUUAUCACUUCCAUUCCUACUCAUGUUCCAAAACAUCAUUGUCCACCUCAAGUUCAAUCAUCACCACUUAUGCGAAUGCUAAGAUCAACUUCUGUUAAGCAAGGGUCAACUUCUAUUAACCAAGGAUCAACUUCUAUUCAACAAGAGUCAACUUCAACUACAAAUGCCACAGAGCCUACUCAAGUUGCUUGUUCUCCCACGGUAGAAGAGAUCACUAAUACUAAUAGUGGUGCAGUUUGCAAGAAAGUGCGUGGUGAGACUCGAUGUCUUGAGCUAUCCAAGAGGAAGCGCGAUGGUGUUCAACUUGAUAUUGAUAUUCCAAAGCAUACUAUGAGAGCUGUAGGAACAAAUUGUCAAUUCUACAUUACGGGUAUGGGGUGCUUUGUUCGAAAAAAUGUUCCACUGCAAAUUAAGAAGUGGUCUGAGCUCUCAAGAGAAGAUGUUGCUUUGCUAAUUCGCCAUGCCCGUGAAAAAUUCAAGUUGAGCAAUGAGUCUCAUGUCGAUGAGGCAAUUGAGAAACAUAUGAUGAGAUAUUUUACCACUUGGCGCUAUAAUUUGCGUAAGAAAUUUCUGAAGAUGUGGAAGAGGAAGAUUGGAACUAUUUGAUCGCAAAUCUGUGGCAAGAUGGAAAGUGGCUGGAAACAAGUGAAAAAAACAGGAAAAACAUAGAUAAGUUGGAGAUAACACAUUGUGCAGGGACAAAGGCAUUUAGUCGCCUUAGAACUGAAAAUCGAAAUCCUGAGAAUGGAGAGGAAGUUGGUCGUAUUGACCUUUUCAAGCUCACACGAUAUAGCGAAAAGAAAUCUGCAUGGGUUGGUGAUACUGCAAAGAAUGCUUUUGAAGAGAUGAAGAAUCUACAAAACGAGCCACAAAUGAAUGAAGAAACUGGUGAAAUAAUGUCUGAAGAUGAGAUCUAUGAUAAAGUUCUCUAGAAAAUUGUUGGUCCACCUCGAUCAGGCUAUAUACGAGGCUUAGGAGCUGGGCCAAAGCCUAAAAGAUCUAAACUUGCAGCAAAUGAUGCUCAACUGAGGGAGGCAAAUCAAAGGGCAGAUCAAGCAGAAAGACGAGCAAUGCAGCUUGCAGAGGAGUUGAUGGCUGUGAAGUCUACUGCAGCUCAGCAAAAUGAGGAGUUAAAGACAGUCAAAGCUGGUGCAGCUCAGCAAAAUGAAGAGUUAGAGGCAGUGAAGGCUAGAGCCACUCAACAAAAUGAAGAGUUGGAGGCACUAAAGGCAAGACAAAAUCAGACCGACACACUUUUACUUAAAUUGAUGGCACAA